GAACACACGACGUUGUUCUAUAGGACGGCAUGGAUCGGUUGUUGGUGUUUUUGAAACGGUAAAGCGGGUCUAUACUUAAACGGUGAAUAUGUAGCGACGGGUGUUGGAACGGAUAUUGACUGGCUACAGUGAGCAACGAGAGGCGAGGCGGCGUAAUUAAAGAGAAAAAAAAGUGAAGAAGAGUGAAAGAAGUCAAGAAAAAGUGAAAUUAAAAAGUGAAUAAAUGAAAAUUUACUUAACAAUAAAAAACGUUUACACAACACUUUUGCAGUGCAAUUUGAGGGGAAAUUCAAUGAAAAUGAUUUUGAAGAGUGAACAUUGCACACAUUAACUUACAUGUGAAUAUACAUAGAUACAUACAUGCCAGCAUAUCUAAAAAUCCCUAGUUAUGGAAAAAUUGCCUGAACGUCCACUAUCUGCGCGUUCACUGCCGCUCACGCCCGGCAGCGCGCACAACGCACCAACACAAUCACAAACAACUUCAUCGAAAUCCUCAUCGCGCCGCACUUCAGGCACAUACGCAUACGAAACGUUGCCAUCACCACCACCAGAUCCACGUCACACCGAUAACAUUUUUCAAUUUCCACCUAAACCAAAAGAAGAGCUGCCAGCUGGCUACCACACGCUCUUCAAUUAUGUUGAAAACGAAGAGGAAUUUUAUAAAACACUCUACAAAAUUAUAGCGAGCGAUUGCAAGGUGGCGCAAGAAGUAAACAAGCAGCAACAACAGCAAACACAACAACACCAACAUCAAUAUCAACCACUAUUGCAACACGAGCGCCAUGAAGUGGAGCAGCCGAGUUGCGCCUACUGUCAUCACAUGCAGCAGGAAUGCAUCCAAUUCAUCGAUCCGCUGCAGAGUCGCUUGGGCAGCAGUUUGUCUGCGUUGUUGGCAGCACACGGCGCUGUGGAGCAAUUAUCGCGCCUCUACGCAUUGUGGGAUAAGUACCUUGACGAGGCGGCGAAGUGGCGACGCCAACGGGAAUGCCUGAAUUACGUGAAUCUACUUAACGAAAAGAUGGAAAGCGCAAAAGAGACGCGCAGUAAGCGACUACAACAAGUGCGCCAACAACAACAACAACAACAUCAACAUCAUCAUCAGCCCCAGCACGAGCACGAGCAAGAUCUCUAUUCAGACACUGAGGCGGACGUGGAAGAAUCGAUUGCGCUCAUCGAGUCAAUAUUGGGCGAGUCGGCAACGACGCCCGCCGCUGCAGCCGCAGCACCAGCCACUACGUCGCUCAGUUUCAGCAGUUUUGGCGGUUUCGGUGGCGGUGGCAGCAAUCCCGCAUCAAUUAAACGUGGCGCUCUCAAACAGCAACGCGAGCGCAGCAAAUCGAUGAUGAUCGACGAUGUGGCAGCCACAUCUGCAUCGACGUUAUACGUGCGAGCAGAUAAUGAGCGCGAAUCGAAAAGUUCCAGCGCAUUACCGCAUAUGCUGCGGCGUCAAAGUACGUACAGUGAGGGAAAAUCGAAGGUAUCCAAGUGGACGAAGGUCAAGGCUGCAUUCAAGUGGGAGCGCGCCAAUGUGCCAGCGUUGGCUGACGGCGUUGGCACAAGUGGCGUUGUUGUAUACAAUGCUGUGCCCAAGGAGCAGGCGUCCCAUAGUGUGGGUCUAACGCCCGUGAAUAAUGAAGUCGCAAGAUAUUUGCGUGUGCCGUCAAUGCCUUGCGGAGGCGCGGGCAGUUCGGCUGAUAGCAUUUUGAGCUCAUCAUCGGGGCAUCUACUAAGCGAAACUGGCACGCCGGGCACUAUCAGCUCGGCGAGUUCAAUGGACGAUAUUGAUAGCAACUGUCGCAGCACACUGAGAAGAGACUCCACAAAAAGUGAUAGCCGGGUCGUUGAUGACAUUGACUCAUCAUUUUUGGAACGCUCAAAAACCGAUGAUGGCGAAGCACUGCACCGUUCAUCGAAGAGCGACGGCAGCAUGAGAGCUCUUGCAGCCAAAAAAUCCUCCUCAAUUAAAUCUUUGCGUAAAAGUAAGAAUCAUAGCGAUUUUGAGGUACUGCCAGAGGAGGUUGUGGCUGAUUUAAAAAGCACAGCUACACGACGCACGAAGCCACCACCAAGCCCACUAAAUCUUAACCUCAAACAGGACCUUACCGACUCGGAUUUCUCUUACUCACCCUACUCACUCAAAAGUCCCAAAGAUGGCACGCAGUCGUUAAAUCGCUCGAAGAAAAUAGGCUCACCGGGUAAUUCGUCGGUACCGAGCAGUCCUUCUCGUCACUCAGAUUACUUUUGUGAGUUCGAAAGUGAAGAUUUAUCAAGUGGUGAUUUUUCGGAACCCACCACACCUAAUCACCUGACAUCAACCAAGUCUUUUCUCAACGAGAAAAAUGAAAUCAAUCAACGCUAUCAGAUGCUGCGCGCCAAAUUUGAUAUGGAAUUCGAGGCGAAACGGCGCGAAUGGGAAAAAAUGAAAGCAAACACGAAUGCCUGCAGAGCAAUAGCCUUAAUCACACCACCCAAACCCGAAGAGCAUCCGCAACAUCCGGUCUUCAAUAAGAAUCUCUCAGCUAAACUUUUGGAGGAAAAUCUCACACCGGACUUCAAAAAGAAACUACGCAAAUGGCGCGUAAAGAAACAAAUAUCAAUUGGCGGUGCGCAUCUAUCACAAAUCUCACCUACAUCACCGGGGCGUGAGAGUUCUGCAGAUUCAAAACCGAAAAUUGAUUGGAAUCUAUGGAAAACUGGUCAAUUGAAAUUGGAGGGUCAAGGAUUGACACCAUUGCCCGAGCAGAAAGACUUACCAGAAGAUUUUCAAAAGAAGUUGGAGCAAUGGAAUAAACUGAAACAGAGCGGCGGCACCAGCAAUAUUCCAAGUGGUCAGGAUUCCAUUAAGCGCUCCAGCAAAUUCACUGACAGCAUCAGGAAAAAUAUUGAUAACAAGCCACACGAUAAGGACAAACUAGAAAAGCUAGCCAAACUCAAAGCGAUCGUAACUGAUCAUCCCGCCAAGGAGAUCGAAGUGAAGACCUCUGAAGGCGUUAUGAAGUUUGAAGGCAUAUCGCGUAAAUUCACACGCAAACUGUAUGAAUGGGAGAAAGCGCGCGGCAUAGGACCCGAGUCAUCAACAUUUGCGCUAUUGCAUCCCGGCUAUCGACCCAUUGUGGUGGAUCGCAUCACAAAGGAAAAUAACACAACUGACACCUCACCAACGCUCAGUCGUUCAUUUUCAUUGGAUAGCAUUGCACAAAAUAACGUCACACUACCCGCCAUCUCACAACAAGCCUCCAGCUUGUCGCUGAACGAUGUGAAUGAACUCAAAGAGAUCGAUAACCAUGGCAGUUCCGAUGUGAUUGAUGAGCAUGAUUACAAGAAAUAUGAAGAACCCGAAGCGGUUAUGGUGGAAGUAGAGGAUCACAUUGAGGAGACUGCAUCACCGUUGAUUACCGCGCACACAUUGGUGGAGCAGCAGACGCCAAUCUACAAGUAUGAAGAAGGCGCUUGCAGUGAUUAUUGCAAUACACGAAGAGUACAAAGUUUUGAGUCGCACACCAAUUUGGCACCUCUGCUCUCUGUGCUGCAACGUACCGAAGACAUUUUCACGAAACUCAAACGUUCCUCCACGGAUUUGUGUCAAAAUGCGGAGUUGCACCAAUGUGAGACGAUGCUCACAUACAUACGCAAUAUAUAUCCCUACUAUUCGGACAAUCUGAUGAAGCCGAACGUUUUGAACGCAAUAUCGGAUGUGCAAAGCGAAUUGAGCAGAAUGAGCGAUUUGUGCGAAAAAUGCCCGCUCGAUGAAGCUUGCUGUCAGGAAACCAUCGAGGAGCGUAGUAAUGCAUACAAUGAAGAGUUGAGCGGCCUACACGAAUCUCUGACAUUACUAAGGCGAAGCAUACAUGGUGGAUCAACUCCAUAUCCCCGCGACAUGGUACCGGACAUCAAUAUCACCACAGCUGAUGUACAAAAUAGUGCUGCCGACACAUCGAAAGAUCAAACUUUAACCACACUCGAGGCAACGGAUGAAUGGAGCGCUUCGCACCCAGAAUACGAUGAAGGCGAGACGCCGAAAAUAUCACAACGCACCCAAUAUGCGAACAAUAAUGGCGCGAAUGGUGCUGCUGCUGGCAAAAAGAAACUACGUCUUCGUAAAACUGGCUCACGACAGAACAGCAAAACCGAAAGCGAUAGCAGCGAUGUAGACAACCACAGCGUUUUAGAAACCCCGCGACGCAUAAAGCGUAAGAAUUUUCGCCUAAAACAGCGAUCUUUCGAUGAUGACUAUCGCAGAGGCGAAGAAGUACCUGGAGAUGAUGUUGUCUACGUUUUGAAAGUGAAACCAGGACAUCCGAUUGAACAAUGCGAGAGUGUAGUUAACAUGGAGCAUUCUUUCUCCGAAACCAACAAUUACCGACCGAGAAGUGGCAGCGAUAAAUGUCUCGUUACAGCAACAGUUCAGCCGAGACGGCCACUACUCGAUGAUCUUGAAUUAAAGGAAAAUUUAAAUUUUAACCAAAAUGAAAAUGUAUUUGUAAAAACUAAACGAAAAGUAUUCACUGCAAUCGCUGAGCCGAGUGCCAGCGGUGGCAUAGCAGUUGUUGAACGCGAACUGGCGCAAUCACCAACUGAGGUGGCAGCUCCCGUUGAAAUGGCACUUGCAGGUGCAGCAAACACAAUGCCGGAAGUUGUUGAGCAAGAUGACUCCGAAACUCCAACGGAAGUUGGCAGUCUAACGCCGAAACGCUCCAAUUCGACAUGCAAGUCUCUAAGUCAAGGCGAUAUGCGAAUUAAUGAGUACGAAUACGAGGACGAACGCAAGUGUCAAAGUGCCGAAAAGCUCGCCACUCCAUCCUCGAAACAAGUGACGGACACACGUCCGCCUUUAGCAUCCGACAGCUUUCGCGUUAUCAACAAAAGCUGUACUAGUCUCAUGCGCGACUCAGCAAGUCCAAUGAAGGUCAGCAUAACUGUGCUAAAUCCAGUUGGCAAUAGCCCGACAGAGAUUCGCAAAGAACAUCGUUUCAGAAAGAAUACCGAAAAGUCACAUUAUUAUGUACCCUUCUCGAAAUCACAGAGUGCCACAAUUAAGAAAAUAGAAACCAAAAUUGCGAAAACACAUUCAGGUGCCUCUAUCGGUGACAGCUCACCACAAACACCCGACAGAUUCGACAAUACUCUACCACGCAUUUCUCGCAAACUCGAACGAAAAUCCCUAACUCCCACCAGCAUGCAGCCACUGCAUUUCGAUUUCCCCACACCGAACAACUCCGAGCCAACGACGCCACUGCAUGCCGCAGCACAAGAGGCACCACAUACACCACUUUCGGAACGCGCAUUACGUUUGCAAAGAGCCAAAGAGGAGUUUCUGCAAGGCAAUAAUGCAUUGACGCAGUUGCCGGUGAAACGACGCGAUGACGCGGCACGUGAGGAAAAGUGGGAGCAACAUCGUCGUAGCGAUUACAGCAUGAGCUCGGCAGCGGGUGAAGAAACCGAUUUGCCAAAAAGCUUCAGCGUCGGUACGAUAACAGCAGAUUCCUACACCGAAACGCCCACACACUCGGACACCGGCACCGAUUUAGAUAGCAGCCUCUACGAUUCGCUGCCACGUUCAGUCAGCCGUUCGGGUAAAAUAUCCAGCAAACUGGGUUUUGCGACACUCGCGUCAAAGUUUCGACGUGGCAAGGGUAGUAAAAAGGGAAAAGACGCACCAAAGGAUACGGAAACACCAAAGAGUAGUAACAGAGCACUGUCGGCUUUGUGUCGCCAAACUUUGAUGGCCGAUGUUAUAGCCGUUCCACAAUUGGCCACCGAAAAUCCACAUGAAAGUGUUCAGAAGUCACAGUCUUCACCGCAAGCAGGCCGAGGUUUUGCAGGCGGUCAAAGUUCUGCGAGCUACGGCGGACUGGAUCGCCGCACACUGGAGCCUCUAAAUAAGUCACAAAGCGAACAAUAUGUGCGCCGUCAUAAAGAAAGCAUUGUCUAGUCAAAGUGCAACAAAUGUGCCAUAAAAAUGCCCAAGAAUUUUUUUUAACCAACAAAUUACUAUAUUUUAAAAUGAAGUUAUUUAUUACUUUACGAAUUUACUUUAUUCUUGUGUGUAAGCAACGAUUGUAUUGAGAUUAUUUAGAGAUUUUUAUUGGCGUUAUUUUAAUCUGAGUACUUGACGAGUGUACGACGACUAAACGCAAAUGUGUAGAAAAGCUGUAAUAUAGAUUUUUAUAUGAA